GAUUGGAUCAAGUGAAACAUGUGAAAAUGUGAUUGGCUGAGAUCAAACAGUGGGGAACACCACAAGCCCCUCCCUUCGGAGUUUCUGUUUCCGUGUGUGUUUCGUUUGGUUUGUCGUAGUGAAACAGUGAGAAACUUGUCAAAAAUGAAUUACACGUUUUACUGUGGGUGGCUAAAUUAAUAGGGAUGCUUGAAAUUAAAUGUAUUUUUUCCCUGUAAUUUGAAUGCCACCGUUUGAGGAAAUAAUCGCGUUCCCCUUUAUUUCUGUUCCCAUGCAAGAGAGGUUCCGCUUCAGCUUGUUUUCCGAGGAUGAAGUUCGCCGAUAUCUUGGAAAGACGUUUCGUAAAGUUGUCUGUUGUGAGCUACGUUACAUUUGCUUUUAUUUUAACCAACAACGGAAGGAUUUGUUCGGAAAGUAGCCAGUGCGGCGUGGUGAGUUCACGGUCCGACUCAGACCGAAGGAAAACACGCAUGUUAGAUAAAACCAUUUCCAGACAGUGGGCAAAAUGACAGAGUCACCUGACAGUCGGCCUAAAACGCUGAACUUUAACGUCGGGGUGCUCGGACAUGUGGACAGCGGGAAGACCUCGCUGGCCAGGGCGCUGAGCAGCACAGCCUCCACGGCCGCCUUCGACAAGAACCCGCAGUCCCGUGAAAGGGGCAUCACGCUGGACCUGGGCUUCUCCGCCUUCACCGUGGACUGUCCGGUUCACCUGCGGGACAGCGGCGGGCAGCAGCCCUACGACAGCCUGCAGUUCACCCUGGUGGACUGUCCGGGACACGCCUCUCUGAUCCGCACCAUCAUAGGAGGUGCGCAGAUCAUUGACCUGAUGAUGCUGGUGGUGGACGUGGUGAAAGGCGUGCAGACGCAGACUGCAGAGUGCCUGCUGAUAGGAGAGCUGACCUGCCCGCGCAUGGUCGUCGUCCUGAACAAGAUCGACCUCCUGCCGCCCAACAAGAGGCAAAGCGCCAUCGAGAAAAUGACCAAGAGGCUGCACAAGACGCUGGAGAGCACCAGAUUCAAGGAGUGUCCCGUGAUUGCUGUGGCAGCCAAGCCCGGAGGCCCAGAGGCCCCCGAGACAGAGGAGCCACAGGGAGUGACAGAGUUAAUUGAGCUUUUGAAGAAACAGACAUACCUCCCCAAGAGGGACCCUAAAGGUGACCUCCUCAUGGCCGUGGAUCACUGCUUCUCCAUCCGCGGUCAGGGAACGGUCAUGACUGGGACCAUCUUACAGGGGUCGCUGGCCAUUAACGAUACAGUGGAAAUCCCAGUGCUAAAGGUGACCAAGAAAAUAAAGUCGGUGCAGAUGUUUCGGAAGCCGGUGUCGGGGGCCAUGCAGGGGGACCGCGUAGGUGUGUGCGUGACACAGUUCGACCCUAAGCUGCUGGAGCGCGGUCUGGUGUGCACUCCGGGGUCCCUGCGCACGCUCUACGCAGCCGUCAUCUCUGCCAGGAAGAUCGGGUACUUUAAGGGUCCCCUCGCCACCCGAGCCAAGUUCCACAUCACAGUGGGUCACGAGACGGUCAUGGCCAAAGUGACCUUCUUCGGCCUGCCCCCUGCUGAGACCAAACCCGCUCCGCCAGAACCUUCCUCGCUGGAAACGCCCUUCACCUUUGACAGGGAGUAUUUCUACCAGGACGAGUACGUUGCCGGGCAACGGGACGGGGCUCCAGGGCCGGACCCAGAACAGUGGGCCUUAUUGGAGUUUGAGCGGCCCGUCACGUGUCCCGGGCUCUGUCUGGUGAUCGGCUCCAAGCUGGACACGGAUAUCCACGCCAACGCGUGUCGGCUAGCCUUCCAAGGCCGCCUGCUGCACGGGUUCGAAGACAAAAGCUACUGCGAGACGGCUCUGCCACGACUGCGCAUCUACAAGACCAAACACAAGGAGGGGCAGGUGGAGAGGGUGACUGACGAUUACUCUGUGAUCGGCCGCAGCCUGUUCAAAAAGGAGACCAACCUCCAGCUCUUUGUGGGCUUGAAGGUGACCCUGUCGACGGGCGAGAGCGGAGUCAUCGAGGGCGGCUUUGGCCAGAGCGGGAAGUUCAAGAUCCGUAUUCAAGAGGGUCUUCGCCCAGAGACCAAGCAGCUGUUUUCCUCCACCUCCAAGAAGAAAGGGAAGAGUGGGGGCAAAGGCGGGCCGACAGGCGAAGAGGAGCCCAAAGCGGAGUCCCAGCCUGUCAGCAUUCACCUGCAUUUCAAGAGAUACGUGUUUGAUCCCCAUAAAAAGAUGGUUCAGUCUUGACCCCUGCGUGCUCCUCUGAUUGGCAGGAAAUGGUAGAAACAGGGGAAAAAUAAAAGCUGCUUCAGAGCUCUUGGAGUUGAGGUGAAUACUCGCCCUGAGAGCUGCAUAAACUUUUUUGUUUUUUGUUGUUUUGCUGUUCUGGAAGAUGGAGUCAGUCUGCGGAUGAUUGUGGAAUGCGUGUGAAACAGAGAUUGUUUUAUCUUUCCCUAAGGAGCUCCACCUAAUCCUGUUUGCUCCACCACAAGAGGGGAAAGCUGCUCCUCUCCUUCCAGUACACGCGUUUCGUUUUAAUGAUCCAGAUCUGCUCGCUUUGCUGAAAUCU